UUAUAAGCUUGCAUACUAAACACGACAACAAAGCAAAGUCAGUCUGGUUGUGGAGGCUAAUCUUGUCGGAUUUUUGAGUGAUCAGUGAUGUUUGUUCUCUUGUUGAGUGCGCUGUUGUUUCUCCAGUCCUCUGCUGACGGAUCCAUCAAAACAGCUGAGAAUUACUGGACACUUAAACCAAAUGUGCUUGUGGUGAAUGUCGAUGCAAGUGAAGAUGUAAACAUGGUGCCACUUGUCUGUGGAGAAGCCUAUGAAGGGAAACAUAUUACAUGGACCAGAAACAACGAUGAAAAUCUGGAGGCUCAAGGAAACAGGAUCGUUGUCACAGUGGAGGCCUGGAAGGGAGGCAACUACUCCUGUUUCGACAGUGAGGGAACCUACCUAAACCACACACUGGUGCUGGCUCACUGGACCUUCAGGAAGAUUAUUAAGAAUAUUCCUGAGAAAGGUUACAUCGAUUGUUCAACAAAUAACUACGGAGGUUCCUUCAAAUGUAAUUGGACAUGGGGUGAGAACAGGAAUGGCCAUGUUGCUCAUAUCAAAGUCACACGCUCUCAUGGUGGAAGCAACAUUAGCUGCAGUCUGGAUUCCAAAGGAAAGAGUAUCUUAUGCUUAGACCACAACUAUUGUCCUUAUGCAGAGGAGGUGGAGCGCGUCAACCUGACCAUAUACUUCAGAAGCAGCUUUGUUGUUGAAUCAUACAAUGCAAAGUUCUACAUCAUGGAUAUCGUGAGGCCUGAUAAGGUGCCUAUUAGUAGGAUCAAUAAAACAUCCGUAGAGGUCAGAUAUCCACAGUCCUGGAGCACACCAUCAUCCUACUUCCCUCUCAUGUUCCAAGUGAAAGAGAUUCGCUGUCGGAAAUGUGAAAAAUGUGACUGCUCCAAACCAAACUCACAAGAGAUUUUCUUCUCACAAAAUCACCAGCUGCCAGUGACAAAAGGGAUGACGGUGUGUGUGAGAGCGAGGGAUGAAUUCUGUAACUCCUCAUGGAGCGAGUGGAACUUGUACAAAUGCAAAGCCAGAAAAAACAAGCAGAGGAACCAAGAACCAAAGUUAAAGAUGCUAUAAUUUAUUAUGCGUUAUUAAAUACAAAUCAUUUUAACUAUUAUGAUGCUUUCUGUAGUCAUGGACAAUGACCGACUCUAUUAGACUACUUUGGUCAUAUACUGUGUAAUUAAAUACAAACACAUGUGUAUGUGUUCUUGCAAUAAUGUAUUUGUCUAUACAUUGUAUAAUACAAUGAAUAACACUAU